UCUCACAUAUCCAACAUGGGAACUCACCUCCAAGCUUCUGCUCAAGAUAAUGAGCACAUUUUCAGGAGCCAGCAUCAAGCAGUUCCAGUGCCAGAUAACAUGACACUGCCGGACUUUGUGCUUCAGGAUGCUGAAUUGUAUGCUGAAAAGGUGGCAUUUGUGGAGGCUGUGACAGGGAAGGAGUAUACUUAUGGUGAAGUUGUCAGAGAUGUAAGGAGGUUUGCUAAGGCCUUGAGGUCAAUUGGGCUGAGGAAGGGGAGAGUGGUGGUUGUUGUACUGCCAAAUGUGGCUGAGUACGCCAUCGUCGCGCUGGGAAUAAUGGCCGCUGGCGGCGUGUUUUCAGGCUCAAACCCAGCUGGGCAUGCUUCAGAGAUUAAGAAGCAGGUGGAGGCUGCUGAUGCCAAGCUUGUUGUCACAAAUGGGGCCAUGUAUGAGAAGGUGAAAAGCCUGGAGCUACCAGUAAUUGUGAUGGGGGAAGAACAUGUUGCAGGCGCCAUAAACUGGGGUGAGCUGCUUGAAGCAGCAGACCGGGCAAACACCGAUACAAUCAGCGAGGAUGUGCACCAGAAUGAUCUAUGUGCCCUCCCAUUCUCAUCAGGGACUACAGGAAUUUCAAAGGGAGUAAUGCUCACUCACCGGAAUCUGGUAGCUAACCUCUGCUCCACCCUCUUCAGUGUUGGGCCAGAGAUGGUGGGACAAAUCACUAUUCUAGGCCUAAUGCCAUUCUUUCACAUAUAUGGAAUCACUGGAAUAUGCUGUGCCACACUUAGGAACAAGGGGAAGGUAGUGGUGAUUGGGAGGUAUGAGCUUAGAACUUUUCUGAAUGCAUUGAUCACACAUGAGAUCACAUUUGCCCCAAUUGUGCCGCCAAUCAUUUUGGCAUUGGUUAAGAAUCCGAUCGUGGAGGAGUUUGAUCUCAGCAGGCUCAAGCUUAGGGCAGUCAUGACUGCUGCAGCUCCCCUGGCACCUGAGCUCCUCUCUGCCUUUGAGAAGAAGUUCCCUAGUGUCCAAGUCCAAGAGGCAUAUGGACUGACUGAGCACAGCUGCAUUACACUUACUCAUGGAGACCCCACUAAAGGCCAUGCCACUGCUAAGAAAAACUCAGUUGGGUUCAUCCUUCCCAACAUGGAGCUCAAGUUCAUCGAUCCUGAAACCGGUAUCUCCCUCCCCAAGAACACCCCUGGUGAAAUCUGUGUUAGAAGCCAAUGUGUAAUGCAAGGCUACUAUAAGAACGAGGAGGAGACAGCUCGAACAAUUGACAACAAUGGAUGGCUCCAUACUGGCGACAUUGGCUACAUAGACGAUGAUGGGGACGUCUUUGUGGUUGAUCGCAUCAAAGAGUUGAUCAAGUACAAAGGCUUCCAAGUAGCUCCUGCUGAGCUAGAGGCCAUCCUUAUAAGUCACCCUUCAGUUGAAGACACUGCUGUUGUAUCACUGCCUGAUGAAGAGGCAGGGGAGAUUCCAGCAGCAUGUGUAGUGCUCAACCCAGACGCAAAAGAGACAGAGGAAGAAAUUGUGAAGUAUGUUGCCUCUAAUGUGGCACAGUAUAAGAGAGUGAGGGUGGUGCACUUUGUGGAGACUAUCCCAAAAUCACCAUCUGGGAAAAUUAUGAGAAGGCUUCUUAGAGAAAAGAUGCUAGAAAAAAUGAAGAACGGCACCAAAUCUGGUGCUAUAUUACCCUAAUAACAUAACUGAUAACACUAGUAUUUUCUAGCUUCAACCACUAGUGCUAUGGGACAUGAGCCAUGAUGGGUUAUGGGCCAUGGGCCAUGAUCACAACUCUGUACUGGUCCAAACUUAAUCCAUAUUUUCUAUGAUAAGAACUUAGCUACAAUGCAAUCCAAGAAAUUGGCUGAGCUUUGAUUUGAUA